AUGAAGUCGACAAUCGCUCUCGUCGCCAUCUCGACCGGUAUUGUCAUCAGCACUUCCGGUCCUUGGGAUUCUUACAUCCAGUCUCCUGCUACUCGAGACGUUAUUUCGGAGCAAUUCUUCCGGACAUCCGGUAAUAUGUCGGGUGUUAUCACCGUUCAAUUCGGUGCGUCCACCACUAGCGGCUCCCAAUUGGGUGCCGCCUUCACUGAGAACAAACAAUACAUCGGAAUCGCGUCGAACCGUGCGACCGGUCCGGUUCUAGAUGGCACGCUGUACGCUCCUGCCGAACCGAAAUCCUCGUUCACCUUUGGUCGUGAGUUAGGUACGCGGCGCCGUGUCUGGUAUGCCGGCGCGUACACGGUGCAGCUGUGUGGGAUAUCUGCGAGUGAGGUGCACGGUGCGAAGCGUGACCGCACGCCGUGGCCUGGAGACUACGGCGUGGCCACGCUUUCCAAGGCAGUGUCGCUGAACGGAGACGAUCUUGUAUCGGUUCGCAACGCACUCCAAUCGAUCAUUGCCAUUCAGGCUUCGAACGGAAAAUUCCCUUACGCUGGCACGCUACUUGUAUGGGGUCGAGUCCAACGUGCGUUCGAGUUCACUGUGGCGAAGGUGGAUACGUCCGAUUCUCUUCUCAACGUCACGGACCUGAGCGACUGGGGUCGUGUGGGUCAGGGAGGCAAGAACACAGCCGCCAGCUCGUUGCUCUACGACGCUUUGGUGUCGUACGUGCAGCUGGCAGACGCGCUGGGCUACGGAGAACUCAAUUACCAGGGCAAGACAUUCAGUAAGAUCGCUGAAGAUCUGAAAAGCGCGGUCAACUCCCAACUCUGGGACGAUUCAGUGGGACUCUUCCGGGACAACACAACAGCUCUCGGUGCCGAGUUCUACCCUCAAGAUGGCAACGUGCUUGCGGUUCACUUCAACGUGACGGAUUCGCUAGAACGCGCUGCUACGAUCUCGCACAGCUUGACCGCUCGCUGGAAUGAGUUUGGUGCUGUGUCGCCUGAAACUCUAGGCUCGAUCUCCCCUUUCAUGACGAGUCUGGAGAUCGAUGCGCACUUGCGAGCCCACCCAAGCUAUGCGACGUUGGCUACGGCAAUUAUGCGUCGUCAAUGGAGCUACAUGCUCAACAACUUCGGCAAGUCCACCACGAUGGAGGCGUUCUAUUACACUGGUGAGCUUAAGUGUCCGUUCUACGAGGCUGUAGAGACGAAUCUAGGUAGCUACAUCUCACACGCGCACUCUUGGUCCACGGGGAUGACUGCGUCGUUGACGUUGCAUAUAGGCGGUCUGAACCCUGUAGAAGAUGCGGGGAGGACGUGGGAGUUCGUCCCUCACGCCGCUGGAGCGAGUGUGGGCCACUUCGCUGACAGCUUCUUUACAGCCACAAUAACCACACCGCAAGACACGACGGGAUCGAUCUCGGUCCCUACGCUCGGCAAGUCACUCGAGACGAUCGAGAUCUCUGUCAACGGGAACGCCAUUUGGUCCAACAGUACGGCGUUGUGGGAUGGUUUCGGCUUCGCGGAAGGAUCGAACGACUAUGUGACGGUGUCAGAUGUGCCGAGCCGAGGAUCGUUCACGAUCGUUGCGAAGGAAGUGAGUGCGAACACUGCUACGUCUUGUUGA